AAAAAUGACGACUAAUUAUAUAAAUGGCAAAAAAGACCCAUGGAUUUUUAUCCUGAUAUCAUUGAUGAUUCAAUGCAAAAUUUCUGCAACGACUCCAACGGAUUGUGAAUAUAAUGGCGACAUGUGUGCGCUUGAUCCAAAUGUUUGCUUUAAACCAUCUAUGGCUUCAUACGAAAUGGAUGAGUGUAAUGCCUACACUCUUCGUUAUGGCCCUGGUGAAAUAUAUGAAUCGAGGGGUGAUAUCGAAUUCUGGAUCGAAAUCGUACAUGAUAGAGAACUAUAUGCUGAAAAUAUGAGAUACAGGAUUAUGUCAUAUUUCCAAAGCCCGGAAAACAAUUUGACUUCAAUAGACGGCUGCUGUUCUUUGUCUCCUACUGAUACCUGUACGUUGCCAGCGUUAAAAGACGGAGGGGAAUCUCAAUUUGCAAUUAUUCCAAUGCAAGAUGGAAGUUAUUGCCAGUAUCAUUUCCUCGAGUCUCCGGAUAACAUUGAAUGGUGCACAGAUGGUGAUUCCAAUAGCACAUUAUGUAAAGAAUUUGUCGACGGAAAAUUAAUUUUGAGAAGCGUAUUUAUAGCCUUAUCUCUUGACUCAUAUUCUCCAAUUGCAGAUUACUGCUUCUUUGAAGUCCCUUCCACGCAUUACGACGCUAAUCACACAGAAACAUAUGACAAUGGAAUGACGAGAUCCAUAAAGAACGUUACCAUGCUUACAAAGGAAGGGAAGGUCAAAGUGAACUACAGUGUAGUAAAUUGUGAUCACAACUCAGUUUAUAGCAAACAGGGUGUUGAUGUACAUCAAGUUUUCAGUAGAUACACGAGAUCUGUGGACAAGAUACCUUGUGUUAUGUCUCGCACAAGGAAUGAUGAAAGAUGGGACGAGUCACCAACUUGUGCAAUACCAAUAAAAGAAAAUCCCGGCCAACGAACUUGGGUUUCAAUUAUUAUUGUCGUUUGCCUUGGGAUUAUAGUUCUUCUCGUAGUUAUUUUGCUUCUAUGGAUUUACAAGAAUCAUGUCAAAACUUGCUUCCCUGACUACGACGAUACUAUCAAAGAGAUACCGGAUCGUCAUAAAAAGGUACUCCAAGAAAAUACAGAUGAAGAACAGAAUUUUAUGUUGAAUGAUAAAAACGGGAAUAAAAUGUUAAAGACUACGAAUGAAAAACCCGAUGAAAUUUUCCGCAUACACGAACAGAAAUCUGCAAAAGUCACUCCGUUGAUAAAGGACAAAGAAAAUCUUGAGAUUUCAUAUCUGAUAAAAGGGAAGAAUGUGGAAAACACACGCAAACAAGAGGCGAAAGAAAAUGAAAAUCCAUGCGAGAACGAAGAUGAUAAUUCUGGCGCGAUAAAACUAUCCCCGUCGAAAUUGGAAAAUACGAAUUCUAACAAUCCAGGAAAAAAUCGCAAGAAUACACCUGAAAAAUUCAGAAUUAUUAAUGAAAACAAUCUUUCUGUACCUGAAGUUGUAAGCCCUGGUCCAGAUUCAGGUUUUUCGCAGACUUCUUUUAUCAGCACUGCAAAUUCUUUGCCGGACUCCAAUUACGAAACCACACCGACAGAUGUAGAGUCAAAAUACAACAGCCCAGAUUCCCCUAUUUUUGAUUACAAAACAGAUAUUCCCGGGGUAAAUGCAAAUGACGGCUACAUGGAAAAAUCUGCUGUUUCAAGCGGAGCAUACACUCCUAAAUUUCGGACUCAUAUCGAAGUAGCAUCCGAAAAGUUUUCGUAUGUCCCAAACACGCGAAAGUCGUCUUCCAGUUCGGGAUGCGGCAGCGCAGACGAAGAAACAUUGCAAAACAAUACCAGUGUAGUCCACAACGGUAAAGUUGAUGUUAUCUCCACUAAAGGAAAAACAAAAAUGCCCAACUAUAUAAAGCAAUAUUCUCCAAGUGACGAGGACACGUUGCAAGACAAAGGCCCCUUCAUAUUAACUGUAUCAGAUGGAUAUACACCAAAAGAUAUGAUUUAAUUGGCCAUGUAUAGGUAUUUUGGCUGGUAUCUAGAUUUAGUAUAUUCAGCUUGAAACGCAACGUAAAUGAUCUCUCAGCCGAAAUUGGGUAAAUUUUGGCAUGGGGCGAUCGUUUAGAAAAUGGCGAGUUGAUUUGGUUUUGGAAGCCUCAACCGACCUACUUAAUUUUAACAUUCCAAACACAAAAUACCUCAAAACUGUCUUUUAGUUAUAAAUUACCAAUAUGUUGAACCAUUCAACAUAAAUGACUAAUGACAUGGAAUUUCCGUCGAUUUCCUGACGAAUGUCACUUACGAAUAACGAAAUUUUAAUGAUUUUAAUUUAUUUUUUGUUAUAUUAAAAAUUAUUUCCUCACAGUAAACGCUGAAAUAAAAAGAGGCGCAGUACAGAAGCAUUAGAAAGUAUCGGCAAUAAGCAUUCUGUUUUUCUGCUACGAACCAUACCCUAAUAUAUUUUCAUACUCGUAAAUUAGCAGAGUGACGAAUUUCAAACGCGUUCCAAGAUAUAUCAAUUACAUGAACUAAGAUGAAUGAAUAUGAGCACCGUUUGUAGUUGAUACAAUGUUUUUUUUCUGCCUUCGAUUAAAACUUAAACAAAAGACUCCUAUGCAAAAUCGAUAGUACGCCCAACUCCAAUCCACGGAUCCAAAUUAUUGGUUAAAAAUUAACGUUUGGGCUUUUUUAGUCUUGUUUUUUCUUUGAUAGUGAGUAAAUGAGUCCGCCUCGAUCCUGACAGCCCGAUUGCGACGUAGGGUCAAGUUACUUGAACAUUUUUUUUUUUCAACUUAAUAUAUUUUUUUGUAUUUCAGAGUAUAAAUAUCGUAAAUGCAUUCUAUACGUCAUUUUAUGUGUUAUAUAUCAAUACAUAAUACGCGUUUGUUAUAUUAGCUAUUGUUGCAGGGGGUGUAUGUCGGCAAACACACAACUGUUCAGGAUGCUUGAGUAUAUAAUUAUGGAUAUAACAGAUGUACCAAGCUUAGCGCUGAGCGCAGCAUAGGCACCAGAGAGCUCAACAGUGACACCAUGCGAUAUAUUUAAAGUAUUAAUAAUGAGUGAUUGAAAUAUUGCGGAGUUGUCAACAAUAAUUUUGAUCUGCGACGAUAUAUGACAGUGAUAAUUGCUGUAAGCCAUCUGAAGAUCUUUAUUCCAAUACAUGAUUCUUGGCUGAACAUCAUCUUUAAACGCUUCAAAAUCCCUUUAAAAAUAUCCCAUUUCAGUUCGAAAAGGCAUAUAUAUAACAGGGUGUCCAAAAAGUAGGUGGUGACCCAAAGUUAGGUAUACGGUUAUUACACUAUUUUAUAUGCUUUGAAGCUACUUG